AAUGUCCAGACACAUUGCACGUUACAUUAUUUUGUCCAGAACAACAUUGUAUUGGAAUUACGAUCAGAAAAAAAGUCUUAUGUCUGUGCACCAACAUGCACCAACAAACACCAGUACAAUGUACUCCAUUAGACUAAUGCAAUCUUUUCUGAUGGCUACUUUGGAAUCUGUGGCCAUUCUGAUUUCGCUGCAAAGCCAGUCUGUGUGGCAAUACAGGUCUUGCAAUAAAACAACCCAGGCAGUCAUGUUAUCACCAGUCAGCUCACUUUUCCUGCAAGACUUUGAACAUCCAGGUGUGUAGUUGACCUAUCUCCACUGCCCCGACUACAUUCCCCUCUCCGUCACACAGCACUGAGAACAGAAAGAAUCUUGUUGGUCUGGAAUCCUGUUGCUCUACAACAGGGCGAGAGCAAACCCCUCCCUUUGUAAAAGCAUAUAAUUAGAAGUUGAAAAUACUGAAGGCGCUUUGUUAGGUAGACACCAGCAGCUCGCGGUGCUGGAGAAGGAGAAAACAUUUCAAUGGGGCUCAUCGCGAGGCAGAUCGUGGGCCUAGUUCUGUGCAUUGUUGGAUUUCUGGGAGUGAUCAUAGUCUGUGCUAUUCCUAUGUGGAGAGUGACAUCUUUUAUCCAAGCUAACAUCGUGACGGCUCAGAUCAUCUGGGAUGGCCUGUGGAUGAACUGUGUGAUGCAGAGCACGGGGCAGAUGCAGUGCAAGAUCCAAGACUCUCUGCUGGUCCUCUCCCAGGACCUCCAGGCAGCCCGAGCCCUGAUUGUUAUCUCUAUUGUAGUGGGUGCCCUCGGCAUCUUCGUUGCUCUCCUAGGAGCAAAAUUCACUGGACACAUGGAAAACGAAUCAUCAAAAGCAAAGCUUGUCAUUACCGGGGGAGUCAUCUGUAUAAUUUCUGGGGUUCUCUGUCUGAUCCCAGUCUCCUGGACUGCCGCCACUAUCAUCAGUGACUUCUAUAAUCCUCUGCUUAUCAGUUCUGGGAAACGGGAACUUGGCGCUGCAAUUUACAUUGGAUGGGGAACUUCGGGUCUUCUGUUAAUUGGAGGGUCUGUGCUUUGUACCACCUGUCCACCCCAAGACGACAGGUACCGGUAUCAACCCUACAGUGCCAGGUAUUCACAAACAGGAUCUAUUGUAACCAACCACCCAUAUGGACCAAAUGUACAGUACAGACAAUAUGGACCAAACAGACAAUAUGUUGGGUCAUACAUGCCAAAACCACCAACUGGUCCGUAUUUGUAAAAUAUUCAAAAUGAUAAAAAUAGAUGUAUUUCCUAUGUCUUGCACUUUUGCUUCUCAUAUGGCAUUUCCACUGGUCUUUAGAAUCAUUAUAACUUUAAGAUCAGGGAACUGUGUUUUACAAAAGGAUUGACAUCAAUCCAUGCGCAGAAAGCCAAGAGUUGGGGUACCCUGGAGACAAUCCUGAAAACAUGGGGCAGGAUUAUGUUCUGGGCAGGACAGCAAUCCAGAAAAUCACAUUACAUGUGUAAAUUACGUUAAAUUACGACUGUUAUUGAUGUCUGCGUUUGUUUUCUUCUGCAUUGAGGUCAGCUGUUUGAUAAAUGACUUCUGCUCUGAAUCUGGGGUCUAGCAUUCUAGAACUGACGAGUUUCUUUUGUAUGUGAGAACAAUACAGACAGAUGGCUUUGAACGUGAACCUUAAUUAAAAACAAUAUGAGAAUACAGUAUGUGACACACGUUAUAAUUGUAUAAAAAUUAUACAUGUAAAGCAUGUAAAGUGUUCAGAGAGAAUUUAAAAAGUAAAUUUCAUUUGGUCAUUUUUAAGAUUCUUACAUCAAUUAUAUUCAUGACAAAGGUGUCAUCUGUAGCUGUAAGAUAUAUCCAGUAAAAACUGUAUAGGUACUGUUUUUAUGAAUGUUCUAACACAUUUUGCACUCCAUAUUUUACUUUAUUCUAUCUCAUGUACAAAUUCAAGUGUUUUAUACGGUUUUCAAUGUAUCUGUUAA